AGUCAAUAUUUUUCUGACAACAUCUUCACUAACACACAAGAGAGAAGAAAGAGAACAAAAGCUCUCAAUCCUCCGCCGUAGCUGAGCUUCCCUUUUCCUUCUUGCACUCUUCUCUCCCCCUCUCUAGAUUUCCCCCCUGAAAUGGACCUCCUCCCUCAAGCUAACAAUGACCGGGAGGAACUUCAGGUCGAUUGCUCGGCGACGGUAGAUCCAACGGCGAGACACAAUUCAGCCGGAGGAGGAGGAGGAGGAGCUAGGUACAAGCUCAUGUCACCGGCAAUGCUUCCGAUCUCGAGGUCUACUACUAACAUCACGAUUCCUCCCGGGUUGAGUCCGACGUCGUUUCUUGAAUCUCCUGUUUUCAUCUCCAACAUCAAGCCAGAGCCUUCCCCUACUACUGGUUCUCUGUUCAAGCCCCGGCCAGUGCAUGUUAGCUCAAGUUCUUAUACAGGUAGGGCAUUCCAUCAGAACACCUUCACCGAGCACAACUCCAGUGAAUUUGAAUUCAGGCCUCCUGCUUCCAAUAUGGUGUAUUCAGAGCUUGACAAGCAUAAAAGGGAGCCACCAGUACAAUUUCAAGACCAGGGCCAUGGAUCCUCACACUCACCUGAGGCUGCAGCUUCCUCAAGUGAGCCAAGCCGGCCAACUCCUCCUGUUCAGACGCCACCAACGAGCUCAGAUAUCCCGGCCGGAUCUGAUCAAGAGGAAUCAGUCCAGACGUCGCAAAACGAGUCCAGGGGAAGUGCCCCGCCGACGGUAUUGGCUGAUGAUGGUUACAACUGGAGAAAGUAUGGUCAAAAGCAUGUCAAAGGGAGUGAGUUUCCACGGAGCUAUUACAAAUGUACACAUCCUAACUGUGAAGUGAAGAAGUUAUUUGAAACGUCUCAUGAUGGCCGUAUCACCGAUAUUAUCUACAAGGGUACACAUGACCAUCCUAAACCUCAACCUGGUCGCCGAAACUCUGGUGGUGUUGGUAUGGCUGCACAAGAAGAAAGGGUGGAGAAGGGAGUCUACAGCUUGUCUCAAGCCAUUGAGCAAACUGGUAACCCUGAAGUAGCUUCUACAAAUAACGAUGGUGGAGACGCUGCAGCGUCAAAUAGGAACAAAGAUGACCCGGAGGACGAUGAUCCAUAUACAAAACGGAGGAGGUUGGAUGGGAACAUAGAAAUAACUCCACUAGUGAAACCUAUCCGGGAGCCUCGGGUUGUUGUUCAAACCCUGAGUGAGGUUGACAUACUUGAUGAUGGUUAUAGGUGGCGUAAGUAUGGGCAAAAAGUCGUCAGGGGAAACCCAAAUCCAAGGAGCUAUUACAAGUGCACAGCUCCAGGAUGCCCAGUGAGAAAACACGUGGAGAGAGCAUCACAUGAUCCAAAAGCUGUAAUAACAACAUACGAAGGCAAACACAAUCACGAUGUUCCCACUUCAAAGUCUGGCAGCAGCAACCAUCAUGAAAUCCAGCCUCGGUUCAGACCACCAGAGGAAACAGACACCAUAAGCCUCAAUCUCGGAGUUGGGAUCUCGUCUAAUGGUCCUAACGAGAACCAACAACUCGUCAACCAGACUCACCCAAAUGGAGUCGGAUUCAGGUUUGUUCAUGCAGCUCCCGUUUCAACUUACUAUGCUAGUAUGAAUCAGUAUGGCCCUAGAGAAACCCAGAGCGAGACUCAAAACGGUGACAUCUCGUCCCUGAACCAUUCAUCUUACCCGUAUCCGCAUAACAACAUAGGGAGAAUACAAACGGGUCCUUAGAAGACAAAAAGGAAACAACACUCUUCUUAGGUUUAGGAAUGGAAUGAAACAUGGUUUCUAUAUGAUUCCUCCAUCACUGCAGAGGAGCUGAUCUUGAUUUAUACUUAUCUCCCACUAUAUAAUAUUUGUAUUGUGUGUCACCUGUUUUGAAUGUGCUGUAAAAACACACAAGAUGUUAAUGCUUUUAUCAGUAUAAUACUACUAUAAAAAAAAACUCUUUCUUCUU